ACAAUGAGUACUUCAUCACAUUGGGAAACUGAAUCACGUAUAAAUAGAAGCUUUGGGGUUUUUGUGAUUGUUACUAUUCUUGUUAUUUAGUUCAGAGAAGUGAAACAUGAUAAGCAUCGUAUUUGGUACAGCCUGGAUUAUCAAGCAUGUAAUGGCAUUCUUUGGUAUCAGACCGUUCAUCUAUAUCCCAGAUGAUGAUACAAAUGACAAGAAUGAUAACGCAAUUAUACCGCUAGAUGAUGCAGGAAAAUCAGAAUAUAGGAAUUCUUACCAUGUGGCUUAUCAGCUGAACCCAGUCUACAAUGUUUAUGAUGAUGAUGUAGUUAUCACUGACAUUACACCAGGUAGUAAUGAAAGUCUUAACGACCUCGGCAUUAAAACGGAAGAAAAUCAGGACACUUUGGCCAAUAGUGAUGCAAUAAUUGGAAAUUAUGUUAGUGGACAUACUGGUGAUUCAAGAACUGAGAAUGUUAUUGUGAUUGAAGAUGAUAUUGAAGUUAAGAAGCUAGAACUUGCUACAGCCACCAAACCUGUUGCUGAUCUUGAAACUGACUGUCCUAAUGUUAUUCCAAAACUUGAAAACUGUAGACCUUCUACAAAGACAAGUGUCAAUGAUGCUAGAUCUCCGCCCAGCAUUAUCAUUGAUAAUGAUCAGAAUAAUGGUGAUGACGAUGUUGAAAUUCUUGGCAUGUAUCCGGUUUCUGAACCUAAACCUGGGACCAGUCAGGAUGAAGAGUUUGAUCUCACAACAAUUCACGGCUAUGAUUCCAUGCCAUUCCUCAGUGAUGCCAGCACUAUAGAGUACAUCAAGACUUCCCACACCAUCUUCAUCAUGAGGGGUCUGCCAGGCAGCGGCAAGUCCACCCUGGUUCGUGGUCUUGAGCAGGUGUACCCGGGCGCUGUUGUGUGCUCAGCCGACCAGUAUUUCAUGGACAGUAGCGGAAAAUACUGCUAUGACCACAAGAAGAUUGAGGCAGCCCACAUGUACUGUCAGUCACAGGCAGAGUCCAGCUGUAGCAACAACAUGCCAGUCAUCAUCAUCGAUAACACCAACAUACAGAGGUGGAACAUGGCCUUCUACUUCAAACUGGCUCAGUCAAGCUACUACUAUCACACGGUGGUAGUCGAGGCUCAGACGCCAUGGCGAUACAACCCUCGGGAACUGGCUGCCCGGAACCACCACAAUGUGGACUUAGAGAUGAUAAGCCAGAAGUUACGGAGCCUGCAGGAUAACAAGCUGAGGCCAUAUUACUAUGGCUGGUUCCUUCGUCAAUGCGACUCUCUAAGGCUGGUCGCCAUGGCAACAGAAACACUGGCUCGUUGUGCCAGGGAGCUGCAAGACAGGGGACUGGCCCUUGAUGUGGCUGACUUCAUGACAAGAACUCACAAAGGUUUAGGUGAUUUGUACACGGCACCGAAGAAAAUGCUCCACUGUACGGCGGGGUUCAUGGGCACUAAGGGCAGCAACUCUUACCACGAGAAUAAAACUGUACUUUCCUCCCUUGGGAAAACUUUCAAGCUUGCUGUUACUGGCCUGGUAUUUACUGGAAAAACAGUGUGUGCUGUUGUGGACUUAUACCAUAACAAUACAGCUGUAGAGAAAAAUGAAAUCUCAAAAGAACAGCAAGAUGAUGGGCCUGGAAACAGUGAUAUAAAAAAUCAGUUAGAUAAUUCAAGUCAAAAUGAUGAAGAAGUUGAAGAAAGUCUGUCAGCAAAUGACACUUCAACUUUGUCGGAGACUCCAUUGAAGAAAAGGAGAUCUGAAUUGCUCAAAUUGUUUAUGAAGGAGGAGGAGGUUAGUCUGAGAGAAAAAUACGAAGGUGUGAAGAAAGGUGUAGGUUACAGUUCCCGUCAAAGUGUUUUUCGUCGUGGCUGCAGCGCUCAUGUAACAAUCUCAUAUUCCAAAAACGGGCUGGCAAAAUACAGCGGUGAUGAAAUACUGCGUAUAUGUGAGCUGGAAUUCCAUGGAAAGCGUUUGAGUGAAAUUGAAACGGAGGUUGGAAAAGUGAGAUCGUACGAAAGUGACACUUACCAGGUGCUUUUGAAGGAGCCAGUGGUGUUUGACACGCUUUUUCAUGGAUUUUACAAUUCAAAAAAAUGAAGUGUUUGCUUUUCUUUUAUUUAUUUUAGUUAACUUUUACUUACACAAAUUCACAGUUAUAAAUUUGAGUGGUGUAAAUAGAGUAAAUGUGAUUGAACCCAUACUCAGCUAUGAGAUUUAAAGUGUUGAAUAUUAACCAAUUGUAUCUAAUUCAAAAAUAUAUUUUUUAAUUGAUAAAACAGUUUCUCAAUCAUCCAUCAACUUGUUACAUUUUAUGUGGACCAUUUUUUGAAGAAAAUUUAGAGUACAAAAUACAUGUAUCUAUGCAUGUUGUAACAGGUGAAUCGUACUUUUGUGUUAUCUACACUUUUGUUUGCCAUGUGUUUUUUUACUAUUUUCAUCAAAUAAUAAAUUUUCACUUUAGGGCACUAUAUGUCUGUCAUGCAAAAUUACUCACUUUAAUAGCUUCUGCUUAACAUUAUAUAAAUGAUUAUUAUUAUUCCUGAGUCAUGUAUGACCAGGCAUAUAGGUUGGCUUAUAUAUGAAGGGAAAACAGGCCUUCUGUUACUUUGCCAUUAUAGUAUUUCAGCAGUUUUCAUCUGAUUUUUACCAAAACUCCAUGCAAAUUAAAUGAAAUUAUUUAAGAAAAGCGUGAUACCAAAUCACUGAAGUAUUGUUAAAUUAUGAUCCUUGAAAUGUUGUGUACCCUCCCCAAAUUAAACAUUUUACAUUAAAUCAAAACCAAACUUAUUGAAACUUUUGGAAAGAAAAUAAUUAUAUCCUAGCCAAGUUUGAUGCUCUACCAGAUUGUCACAAACACACUAUUAUGUGAAUUUGGAAUAAAACAUCAUCUUGAAAUAAAUAUAGCAGUGUU